CUCUCUGCCUCUAUUUUCUCCUUCUUCUUCGUCGGUCAUCCAGGGAGCUUCCUCCGCCGAUCUCGCUUAUCGCGACGCCGCAGCUCCUCUUCAUCCGUCAGCCCCAUUCUAGUCUACGGCGAUGGUCGGUGGUUUUGCUUCGGAACUGACUUAUGUCGCGUGAGGAAGAGGAGAGAAGAACUGUGGCGGAAGCGAAGGAAUUGCGAGAGAAAGCUGGGUUCGACCCGAUCCUGACCUGAUACCGACUCGGGUAGAAAGAAAGGAAAAGGCGCGAAGAUCGAAUUCGCUCGAAGGGCCGACGCUUCUCCCUCAGAAUUUCAAAUUUUCUCUUCCUUCAAAAGAAGCAUUCAGCUUAAUUUCAAUGGUAAAAGAAAUCUCCAAUGGAGGAGCAGUCGCCAUCGUCGAACCCGUCUUCCAAAUUCCCUGGUGUUCUUCGUCCUCAUCGCAAGCCACUCCUCAAGAGCGAGACCUAUUUUUCUCUUGUUCGAAUCUUAUCACUCUGCGACGACCAUCCUCAUCUGUGGCAACUCGCUCCCAAGCUUCCCCCACAGGAGAAAAACCCUGAUAGCAAUAUUAGUAAAGUUGGGCGAGGGGAUCGUGUUGAGCUGGGCAGUGUACAUGGUGAUACUCUAACAGAAAAAAGUCAGGCUCAUGAUCAGAUUUUGGCAUGUUUGAUCUCGGAAAGUGGAGGGGUUGGUGAAACAAAGGCAGCGAUUGAAGACCAAGGGUUUAGUAAAACAAAGCUAGCAGCAGUCCAUGAGAUAGAGAGUAUAAUGGGAUUGGAUGAAGAUGAAGAUCUGCUAAUGCAGGAUGGUUCCUUUAUUCAUAAGGUUAUGGAGUUAGAUCAUGUAAUGAAAAUGGAUAAUACAUUGUCAGUUGAUGACUACCAGAGUGACGGCAUUGUUGUGCGCAAAGAAGGAUGUGUAGAUAUUCAACCAGUUAAUGCGGAGGGAAGACUAGUGAGUGAACAGCAAGUUCAGGAAGAAGGGCACCCUCAUGAUGUAUCUGAUCCCUUGGGUUUGUUGUCAGGUGAGGGUGGGACUUUCGGAGCUUUGGCAGCAAGUUAUCAGAAUGGAGCUAAGUUGAAAAAGAUUGAUUUGGAUAAGCCGAUAUGUGAUAGUAGUACAAUGGUUUCUCCUAAUUGUGUGGUUGUGAAUGGUGAGGUUGAAGAGGGAGGGAUUGAUGGGGAGUUAGUGGCGGGUGAGAGAUUAAGUAUUCUGCAUUCGGAACAUGCAGGAGUGUUACAGGGGGAAAAAGUAGAUGAAAAGCAACUCGCUAAUGAGGCUAUUCCUGGAAUGUUAAAUGAAAAGAAGGUGGACGAGAAGCAACUAGCUAGUGAUUCUAUUGCUGGAAGUAGGAGACAAACAUCCACAAAAACUACUACUAUGAGAAAUCAAUCUCUUUCUCGCGAGAUAAAUGAGACAACCAAGGAUACUUUUUGUUCCACUUCCUUGGAUAGAGUUCAAAAUGUUGAUCUUGGUAAAGGAACGGGAAACAAACACGAGGUUGGUAAGUUGAUGCUGCCUAAUCGCAAAACUGUUGUGUACGAUGAUCUUUUAUUUGAUGAAGGCCCAAAGAUGUGGGAGAAUGAAGAUUUGUGUAGCGACAAGGGACCGAAGAACAAAUCUAAAAUUGCUGAAAGAAAGAAAAAUGGCAGAGGCAGAGAAGUAGGGGAAGUUAAAUGCAAACAUCUCAAAAUGAGUGUUGCUAAGAGUGAUGUCAGACCGGCUGAGCCUUUUCCUAGUAGCCUCGCACUUCCUUUGGGAACAUCAAGUCAGGAUCUAACAGGAAGCCAAGGAGCUGCCUCUCAAGAGAAGGAUGCAAGUCCAAGCAAGAACAAAAAGAGGGGCCCUCCCAGUGACUCACAAAAGCUAAAGAGAAAGCAAAACAAAAGAAAGAAACGAGCAGAAAAAAACAAAGAACUUGGCGUCAAACGGCUCAAACUACAACCAUUUGUCAAGCAAAAGCCUGUAGAAAUUUGCCGCCACUACAUGCUGGGAAAAUGCUGGGAGAGUGAGAAAUGCAAAUUUUCACAUGAUGCAAUACCCUUGACGAAAUCUGAGCCGUGCAAGUUUUUUGUCCGUGGCGCAUGCAUGAAGGGAGAUGAUUGUCUACGUGACCAUGAACUCUCCAAAUAUCCCUGUGACAAUUUUAAGUCAACAGGUUAUUGUAGCAGAGGCCAAAAAUGCCUGUUUUCACAUAAGUUGCUGCCAAAUGGGGAUGUGUCAACUGCUUCCAGUGUCAACCCAAACUCUUCAGUCCUUACACGAACUGUCGAUUCCAAGAAAAAGUUGGAUAUGGUUGCCCACUUACAUCAGAGUGGCGGAACUGCAACUGUGCCAACUGUUGUUUUUUCCACAAAGAUCGAAGAAGCUCCAGGAAAAACUGUAUUUAAUGAACCUGUCAUAGUGCCUACUUUCAAACUAUCAUUAGGUGGCUCCAGUCAUACAGAUCAACCUUCACCUGGUACAAUUGGCGAUUUGAACUCUGCUUUGAAGGUAACUCCGCAAGCUGUUAGACCGAAGGGAAUUAACUUCCUCUCAUUUGGUAAAUCUCCUUUGGAAUUCUCUGCUGCUAAGAAGUCGAGUGUAUCCCCAGUGACGCUAGAUGAUGCUUCCAAGGCACCUUUAUUGAACAAAUCCAGUCUGCUUCAGCAAAAUCCAGGAGUGAAACCUGGGAUGAACGACAUGGCACAGAAAAGUGAUCACAUAGCAGCAUCAGGAAUAGUAAACCCUUUCUCUCUUGGGGCAACUUCAGCAGUUGAUGGGAAUAGAUAUGUACAAUGUCAUUUACCUUCUAGUUCAGGCCAUGAUGUUGCUAGUACUGGUCAAGGAAGUAACAUUGCUUUGGAUAAAAAUCAGAGCUUGAGUGCAGUCCCGCCUGGACUAGCUUCUUCUCCAUUUGGUUCAGGUCAAUCUUCGGAUCAUAUAGCACUAUUGCAGUUGAAGAAUGUACCAAAGUCUACUCAGGAAGCAGUGAUGUCAACAAUGAGCUUUGCAUCUAAGCUCGAAUCUGCAAUGAAGAAGAAGCAAAAGGAGACUGGAUUUGGUAGUAUGUCAUGAAGCUCACAGGAUCAGCACAAAGCAGCCAAAUUGUUGGAUCCUGUAUCUCGUCUCGGCCACAAGAGCAGUGAAUAAACAUCUGCCGUAGUCAUCCCAGGUUUGAUGAGUGGUUAUCUAUGGGCGGUUUUCUGAAGCAUUCAAGUGCGGGCAUAAAGGAGAAAAAGGUGGUGCCUGAUCUGUGAACUUGACAGCAGGGAGGAGACUGAGCUAAAUUUAUGUCUAUGUUUACCAGAAGUUGGACGCCGAAAGUCCUCGUAUGCAGAAAUCUUAGAUACGCAACGAUAUGCAGUUUCUUGGGUAUCUAUUGAAGUAGAUGAUGCCAACCUAGCUUGCCUCAUUUCCCAAAAGAGGCUCACAAGCACAACAGAGCCCUCUGAACAAAACAGAGCAAAAGAGAAGAAUCAAACAAAAGAGAAGAAGGCAGGCAGCCAUGACGACGACGACGACCAAGGAGGGACAGAAUAAGGUGCCGGAGGUCUCGGUUCCAGUCACGCCGGCGGGAGAGGACGGCAGUGCAGUAGUGGCCGCCGGGAAGGCGUCAGCUGGUGGUAGUGGGCCGUUGGGGCGGCGGAGAUCCGACUUGAUGCAGGGGACGCUCCGGCUGCUGUGCUUGGUGACGUCACUGACGGCGGUGGGAUUCAUGGUGUCGGCUCGGCAGUCGGGCUCCGUCUCCAUCUACGGCUUCAUGCUCCCGGUCAAUUCCAAGUGGUCCUUCUCUCACUCCUUCCAGUACCUGGUGGGCGUAACUGCAGUCUGCGCGGCUCACUCGCUCCUCCAGCUCGCAAUCAGCUCCACUAGGCUCAUCAAGAACACCCCCAUCAUCCAGUCUCGAACCCACGCCUGGCUGCUCUUCGCCGUCGAUCAGGCGCUCGCCUACGCGGUGGUGAGCGGCGGCGCGGCUUCUGCGGGAGUGAGCAACCUGAACAAGACAGGGAUACGGCACACGGUGCUGCCCAACUUCUGCAAGCCGCUACAGAGCUUCUGCGACCACGUCGCCGUUUCGAUCGGGUUCGCCUUCUUCACCUUCUGCUUGCUGGCUGCCUCUGCUGUUCAGCAAGUCGUCUGGCUCUCUAAUAAUCCCGCCAAGAACUAUUGAUUAAGGCUGCACGUAUUGGGUCAGUUGAUUAGCAGCUAUAUAUCUUUCUUCUGCCUAGCUAGCUAGCUAGCUAGCAUUUGGGACUAAUGGAGUAAGUUUGGGUUGAUUAGUGGUUGGUUGCUUUGGCGUUUGGACGCGCUUUGGUGGUGUUAAGUUGAUCGUCUGUUGCAUAUAUAAAUCUAUCGAUCGAGAACAUGCAUGUGUUGGUCAGUGGGUUGUGGGAAUGAAAAAGCUUCUUGAUAAUUAACCAGUUUGAUGAUGUUCCAACUUCCCAUCCUCUGCUUACGUGUACAAGAAGCUGGAGCUCAAUGUGUC